AAAUAACAAGGGGAGAGCUGGUGAAAGAGGGAAGAGCCAAAACCAAGAAAGAAGGUUGAAAUCACAGUAGCACAGAGGAGAGACAAAACAAGGAGGAGAGGAAUGAUGAGUGGAGGAAAAGGCGCUGAUCAGUGAGGUCUCCAGAGAGGAGAGAAGAGAGCAAGGAGAUGAGCAGGGAGAGGAGGGUGAGCAGCCAGCACUGAGAACAUCUAUCAGCUCAGCCAGCCAUGCUCUGAGCCCUGGAGCAGCAGGGCUACGCAGACACUGCACAGGCCCAGCAACAGGCCCAGCCACAAUCACCGGCCAGGGAUAAAAGAAGAGUCCACUCACAUCAGCUGUGCAUAAGAGCCAUGAGGACAGCCAGGAAGGGCAGCGUGGAGAUGCCUGCGUUUAUGCGGCAGCUGGUGAAAGAGACAGAGAAGAGGGUCAGCUCUUUCUUCAAAGGGGGCCGUGGAGGAGCAGCAGAGGGAGAGCAGCCAGGGGAUGGGGAGAGGGAGGAGGUCAUCCCCAGCCCCUACCUGGACCGGCCAGUCCUGGACAAGCUAACUGAGGAGGGCUGUGCCCGCUGGGGCCUCACAUACGCCCUGGGAAGCAUGCAGGGCUGGAGGGCCAACAUGGAGGACUUCCAUAACUGUGUGCCACAGCUGGGUGGGGAGCUGGCCGACUGGAGCUUCUUCGCUGUGUUCGAUGGUCAUGCAGGCAGCUCAGUGGCACAGUACUGCUCCCAGCACCUUCUGGGUCAGAUCCUGGCCACAGGUGGGAUGAGAUCAGAGGACGACCCUGAACGGGUGAAAGGAGCCAUCAUCGAGGGCUUCCUGCAGACAGACAAGCACCUGCUCUCUGUGACACGUCGAGAAGGCUGGGAGAGGGGUGGUACCACUGUGGUGGCCACUCUCAUCUCACCGUAUUACAUCUACUUCGCCAACUGUGGUGACUCGAGGGCCGUGCUGUGCCGGUCUGGCCAGGUUUGCUUCUCCACUGAGGACCACAAACCUUACAACCCUCUGGAGAAAGAGCGCAUUGAGAGUGCAGGCGGCUCUGUGUCCAUCCAACGGAUCAACGGCUCCCUGGCAGUGUCCCGUGCUCUGGGGGACUUCAGCUACAAGGGAGCAGAGAACCGGACGCCCACCCAGCAGAUGGUGUCACCAGAGCCAGAGGUGUGUGUGGUGGAGCGCUCACCAGCUGAUGAGUUCCUAGUGCUCGCCUGCGACGGGGUGUGGGACACCAUCAGCAACGAGGAGCUGUGCGCCUUCAUCCACAACAGGCUGCGUGUCUGCACUGACCUGAGGGAUGUCUGCACUCAAGUCAUAGACCUCUGUCUCUAUAAGGGCAGCUUGGACAACAUCAGCAUCAUCCUGCUGUGCUUCCCUGGAGCCCCCCAGCUGUCAGCAGAGGCAUUACACCAGGAGGCUGAGCUGGAGGACCUGCUAGAGUCUAAAGUAGCAGAGAUUUAUGAUGAACUGUGUGCCAAAGGGGAGGAACCUGACCUGCUGUCUGUCCUCACAGUCCUCGCAUCCACUGUCAUCCCUGGAUUACCACCAGGUGGAGGCAUACAGAGCAAAAGGAACUGCAUUAUUUCAGCUUACUAUCAACAAAGAGAGACUCACAAGCCCACACUACCAAAUGGCCUGGGAGGCUCCUGAGAGGCCGACUGGUCUCCAACCAUCCAUGGAGGGGUUGUAAUUAAUGCCAAUAUUAAAACAAUUUUCUUAAUGUGUGCACUUUGACAAAAACGGAGAGGAUGAACAGACAGGGGUGUUUGUUUACAUCAUACUAGCAAGCAGCAUCUUGUCAUAACAAAUACAAUGCAAAAAGAGAUCUAAUAAAGCCUGAUACAUUUUAUAUUUAUACAAGAAGGACAUUUUGUAAAACGUACUCAGAGACACUGAUCCAGCAACAAACCUCUGCCUCAUAUUCAGUGAACAGAAGAUACAGAUUAUCAUUUCAAAUGUCUGUAAAACUGAAUAACAACCAGCUGUGACAUUGUACAUUUUCAUUGGAUAAAAUAAGGAACAUACAUAUGUAGAGUUGUAUUUUAAAGAUGAUGAUUUAAGAAUAGAUAUAAUAAAAUGAUAAUUUUUAAGAAUUUCCGUUUGUCUUUCCUUUCCAGGAAGGAAAAAUGUGUUAGCCAAAGGCUGGCAUGCAGCUAACAUUUAUCCAUUUGUUUUAACAGGGAAUGCUAACAGUGCUAGUGGCUAUGCAGAACGUGACAGACAAAAAAAAACACUAAAAUAAAUUUUUAAUUCUACUAAGAAAAUCUCAACAUGCUUAGUCAAGAAAAACUAAAUUUCACACAUAAUCUAAACUUCUUUUGAAGAGGUGUUAUCUUUAAACAUGUAGAAUAGGAUCCACUUGGCUGAAGUGAUUGUUUGGAAAAUUAGAUAUUUGUUAAAAUAAUUUAAUAAAUGAUUAUCAAAAAUAAUGAAAAACAUCAUUAUAGCAUGUUGCAGUUUGAUUGUGACCAAAACAUCUGAACAACUAAAAGUAUCCAAUAAUUGGUCAAAUACCCUAAAAUCUUACUUACCAAUUAAAAUAGAUUUUACAUGAAUAAGUUGUGUGUACACAGUUUUUUUGCAAUUCCUUCGAUAUAUUAACCAUAUUUCUAAACAUUUUCUUCAAUACAGUGUAUGUGAAAUGUGUUUUUUCUCCUAAGUUUAAUGAUAUGUACUGUGCUGCCUUAUUCAUUUUUUAUAUAGUGCUAAAACAAACAGCAUAAGAACUGGUCAGUUUCAGGAUGGGUCAUGUAAUCUGCAUCAUAUACUGCAUUGUUGUAUUUUUUCAGUAGUAAUAUUACAUGUUAAGAGUCAUCACUGUUUUAAACCUAAAUAAAGAAUAUUUGACUUGC